AUGAUGGUGAAAAAGGCGAUACCCGUCAUACUCCUUUUUCUUCCGGCGGUGGUGGCGGCAAGAGGCGGGGCGGCUGCGCCAACGCUGACGCCAGCGGACAAUUAUGUAGUACACUACAUAAAAGAUGACCCUUUGUUUCGGUUGCUGCCCGAUCCUGACGACUUGGGCCGGCUCGCAACAGGCGGCAGUCCUAACGAACUACGGCUGUUCAAGCAACUGUAUGACUCCGCGCUGCAGAUCUUCGACAUCCACGGAUACAACUGGCUCAUGAGCAAAGUUAUGAAUGAGGAACAGUCCAUGCGUUUUUCACAAGCAAUGGCGAAAAUUGAUUCCUCUCAGCCGCACUGUGACAAGGGAGAGAAUCCCCACACGGGGCCUGUAGAACAUCAAGCUGAGUUUCCUGGGGGACCGUCUCGGAGUGCUUUUGGCUUCGACCUCACACAGUGGAUGACGAAUUUGCUCGGACGAGCAAAUUCGGAUGCUGGCUCAAGAGUGCCUGGCAUCAAUACAAUGUCAGUGAUGUCCAUGACCAUGCUUAAGGGGCUUAUUCAGUCCGUUGCCGCGGUCGUGGUCGAUGUGGUCCCUCCCUUGAUUCCUCCUCCUGUGUGGAUACUCAGGCCCUUGCCAUGCCUUCCCAUGCUAACAGGCGCGAACUGUCUCGGAUCUGUGUUAUACCCAAUCACAAUGGCCGAGUUUACAACAGCAGAUGUUAGUGACUCCGUAAUGAACGGCGUCAUAGGGAGCUUUCCCUCAAAAUAUCAAAGCAAAAUCGGCAAGACAAGCGAAGCGCAGUAUCGAAUCUGCGCUAGCGCGUACCUCGGAAUGUACUGUGCCAGCAUCUUCCCCAUUUGCUGGAUGCCUUUGGGGCUUAGUGCGGGAAUGUCGAUGCCGGUGUGCUUUCCGCAGUGUUUGGCAACGCUUGUGGCAUGCCCCGGUUUCUGGAUGCAAGAUAUUGAGGGCGCCUGCAGUGACGUUUCGGUGCCUCCGUUCUGUUCCUUCUCCGUCUUCAUCAACCACCGGCGAAUCCCACCACAGUACUCCACGUACGAGGAAUCCCAUCCAUAUCCGGAGGACUGUCCGAAAUUCGAUCCCCUCUACGAUACACCGGAUACGUUGUUCGACGUGGAAAAGCCGCUGCCAUCGCCAAUCAUAGAAGAAGCGAAAAAGGAAGCACCGCACAUUCCGGCCUACCCCAGCCUUGGGAAGACACUAAAGGAUUACGCACAUGUUCAGGCACCUGAACAUGUUGAGCCCCUGCCGUGUGACUGCAAAGGACAGCACACUCUUCUCGAAAGACAGUGCCACUUGCACGCUGGGACACCCGUGACGGUGGCGGCGACCCCCACACAUGCAAGGACACACUACCAAGUUCCGUCAGCGGCACCCGAGCGCUGCUGCAGGAUAUGCAGGCUGUUCCUGAAGGGCCCAGCGGAGACUGCCCCACCGAGUCUCACCGUCAGAGAGGAAUACAAGCCCAGUAUCAAGGUCAGUGUUGCGGAACAUACUCUUUAA